GUAUAUGAAGCAGAACAAAUUGCCCGCCCACAGAGAGCUUUAAGAUUAAGCAAUGCUUACUGUGCGGACAAGAGUAGUCGUCCUUUGUCAGAGCUAACCGGGUCCCCACAAGUAUAUGCACAGCUACAUUUGUGGUUUGUAUGGCUGCUUAGAAAUUCUGCAACUCAUCUCCGUGAAACCUUUCCACUUUUGAACUGGACAUUACCUUUUGGACCAUUGGAAGAUUCUGAAGAGGGCUUUACAUUUGUUUCUGCUAAGAGAGACCUGCAUUGUACUCAAACUUCACCAGAUAAUUCUAAUUUGGUGAAGUAUGUUGUUCAAACAACAGGCCCUAGCGUGAACAGCCUAGGAAUGUUGCGUUCAUUAAUAGGUCCAACAAACUUUGCAUGUGUUGUUUUUUGCCUUCUUGUGGGCAGACAAGUUGUUGUUCGAGGGCAGCCAGCUGUACUUGUUGCUAGCAUUCUUUUAACAUUAAAGGUUUUGUUACCCAAAGGAUGUGCACGCUUAAUUCCAUUUAGUUCUCAAUAUAUGUCACCCAUCGAAUGUAAUAUGUUGGGUAUUGAAUCACGUGCUGCAGUUCCUCAGCCUUCACCACAGGUUGCUCGUUUGGAAGUAUUACUACCACCUGAUUGUGAAACACCUGAAUCUUUAGCCCUCCUAAAUCAAGCUUCUCAGUUUACCUACCAUUUAAAAUGGCCUGGUCAGCUCCCAACAAAAUGGCCAUCAUACUUAGCUAAGCUGGAACGUGCAAUGCAGUCAGAUCUGCUAAGCGAAUCAACAUUGUUACUGCAAAUUGCUGCCUUGAGAAUGGAGACAUUGAAUGCUGCCCGAGUCUUACACCAAGUUGACUUUCAAGACAAGAAGGAUUCCACCGACCGAAAAGACAAGACUGCACUUUUACAAGCUCUGGGAGUCAAUACCUCUGAUUCUGAGGUCUUGUCUUUCUGGUCAAAAAGCUGUCUAAGUGUGUGAUGUAUGUGAUUAAUUUUUGAUGCUGGCAAAGGUUUCAUUUCUUUUGUUUGUAGCUGGCAUGUUCUAAAAUUCUGUGAUAGUAGGGUAAGAAUGUUCCAUCUUAUAUUUGUACGCAGCAUUUUGUAAACAAUUAAAGUUUGUCUCAGCUUGGUA